AUCCGACCUUGAAGCUUCCAAAGCUGAUAUUUGAACAUUCAGCUCAUAGGAUGGAAGGGAAUGUCGGAUCGCCUCCGAGUAAAUUGGUCGAGUGUCGGAUUUGCCACGACGAGGACGAAUAUUUGAACAUGGAGACACCGUGUUCUUGUUGCGGCAGCUUGAAGUAUGCUCACCGGAAAUGUGUCCAGAGGUGGUGCAAUGUAAAGGGUGACAUCAACUGUGAGAUUUGCCAACAGCAAUAUAGGCCUGGUUAUAUGGCACCGCCUCCUUUAUAUCAUUAUGGAGGUGAUCCUUUGAACUUCGGAGGGAAUUGGGAGAUUUCCAGGAGAGACUUGCGAGGUCCGCAUUUUAUAGUCACAACCGAUCAUGAUUUUCUGGAGUCAGAUUUUGAUAUUUACUUGGCCCCCAGUUCUCAAAGCGUGAUAUGCUGUCGUGUCGUUGCUAUAAUUUUUAUGGUUCUUCUAGUUCUGCGGCACACUCUUCCGAUCAUGACCAGUGGAACCGGAGACUAUUCGUUGACAUCGAUCACUUUACUAUUGUUAAAAACCAUUGCGAUUCUAUUGCCUAUAUGUAUCAUGGUUAAGGCAUUCACAGCCGCUAUCCGACGACGUCGUCAACAGCACCAGGAUCCUCGGUUUUCCCUGGCUGCAUCAGAUGAAGAAAAUGAUUUGCCGCAACCGCAGCUGCAGGCACUGCCACGAAUUAUUAGUGUACAUUGAUCUAGUUGAUUCUGCGUCACAUGGAAGGAAGAAGAGAAUAUUCAGUACUCGAUUUAUCUUUGCGGCACGAGAAAACUAGCAGGAUACCUAUCCGAUGAUGGUUGUUCGACAUCAAAAUCUUAAUCGGAUGAAGAAAGGGAAGUUCAUUGUUUAUCAGAAUGAAAUUUUACUGCUAUAAUGUGUACAGUUAUGAAAA